UAGCUUUUGGCCGAUCUCGCCGUUCAGUUAGCAUUGACAACGACUGAGGAACGGUUCGUAAGGCGGAACGCGCGUAAAUUCAUUCAACAAAUAAUAAAAAGCGGAAAAUUCAAGUUGCAGUUCUUCCUUCACCUCCACCAGUAACCUCCUACAAAACUCAAGCAAAAUGAGCUGCGGAAUCUCCAUGGUCAAAUAUAUCUUAUUCAUAUUCAAUUUGCUCUGUUCGAUAUGCGGCAUCUUGCUAAUCGUCUUUGGAGCUCUGCUGUUCAGCAAAGUCCACAACAUCGAUGAUUUCGCGGAUGCACUGCGUACCCAGCAGGUGCCCGUCACGAUGAUUAUCCUGGGCGCCAUCAUCCUGCUGAUCUCCUGGUUCGGCUGCUGCGGCGCCAUUCGCGAGUCCUACUGCAUGUCCAUGACGUACUCGAUUCUGCUGUUCGUCCUAAUGAUUGGCCAACUGGCUUUGGUCAUCUACAUGUGGGUGCAGAAGGACAAGUUCUUGGGCAUCAUGGGCGAUACGGUGGAGAGGGCCUGGGAGCAUCGCACCCGUCGUUCCGACUACAUGGAUGCAAUUCAGAUCAGCAUGAAAUGCUGUGGACGCAGUGGAUACGCCGACUACUCCUACCAGGGUAAAUUCCCACCUUCUUGCUGCAGAGACACCAACAACUGCAGCAAUGCGACCGUGUACCCGAUCGGAUGCAAGGUCGCCUUUGUCGAGUUCUGGGACAGGAACAGCGACAUCAUUAAGUACGCUGGCCUGGUCAUUGCCGGUAUUGAGUUUGUGGGCUUUAUAUUUGCCUGUUGCCUGGCUAACAGCAUUCGGAACUAUCGACGCCGUGCGGACUAUUAAUCGAUGGAAGAGAGAGUCUUUUUACAAAUUUUAAUUGAAACCGAAAGUACGAAUUAUGUUGCCCAAUUUUGCGAAUACAUAUCACCUGACACAGAUGGCCAUUGAAAUUUACAUAAUCUCAAGUUUAAGCAGCAAAUCCCAUGACGAAUGCGAGAUGAUCCCGUUUUGUAAGAUCGUUAGUUGAGAGUUAUAUUGAUUGUGCUCAUAUUUUUAAUUGUAAAAAAUAAUUUAUACUCCUAGAGAUUGCAAUAAACUGAGAAAUUUAUUAUA